ACCGGAGCCCGGAGGCGCCCGGGGGCGGGGGUGGGGCCGAGCCCGCCCCCGUGAGCGGCGGCCGGAGCGCCGGGGCCGUGGGCCGGUCCCCCGCCCGGGCCGGGGCUGUUCGCAUGAGCCCCCCUUCCCCCCCCGCUCUGGCGGGGACCGGGGCUGAGCGGGGCCGUCCCGCCAUGGCGGCGGGGAGCGGGGGAGCGGGGGCCGCCGCCCGGGAGCACCGCCUGGAGCCCGGGGACACGCUACCGGGGCUGGCGCUGCGCUACGGGGUAACGAUGGAGCAGAUCAAGCGCGCCAACCGCCUCUACACCUCGGACACCAUCUUCCUCAAGCCCACCCUCCUCAUCCCCGUGCCGGCACAGCCAGGGGGACCCUGCCCCGAAGAUGAGGACAAGGACGAGGACAAGGACGAGGAGGAGGACAAGGAUGUGCCCAUCCCCCUGGGGGACAUCCCGGUGGCCCCCAUCCCAUCCCGCCAUGACCUCUCAGCCACUGAUUUCCUACGGCAGCUUGACGCCGAGAUCGGGCGCUCCAAGGCGGUGGCGGCGGCACAACGGCUCCGCGCCGGUGGCACAGGCAUGGCCAAGGCCGAAGGCACCCGGAGCCCCGAUGCUGGGGGCCCACCGGCUCCCCGGGGUCCCCGCCUCGGCCCCCGGCCCCUCACCAGGACCCCGCGGGCGGCCGCCCUCCGCGAUGCUGAGGACGAGAUCUUCAUGCUGUGACGCCGAGGAUGCCAGGGGAUGUGACACCCCGUGGUGACAGGGAUCCCAGGACACCCCCAGCCCCAGCUGGGGGAUACCGGAGGGGACACAGGGAUUUUGGGGGGACGGGACGGGACAUGGUGUCCCCUCCCUGUCUCCUUCAAGGGACCUUUCCUGCUGCAGGGACACCCAUCCCCUGAGUGCAGAGCCAGCCCUCUUGCAGGGCUACUGGGGGGUACUGGGACAAGACUUACCAGCUGAUGUUUUUCCUCUGGUUGUAUUUAUUUGUAUGUCUUUGCUCUCACGGGGGAGUUCGGACGGCGGUGGGACCCCCCCAUGCCAGUGCCUGGACCCCCAUGGGGACAGGGAUGGUCAGCCCCCACCCUGAGAGGCUGUAAAUAAAACAGAGCACUGUCACCCG